AUGGCUCACGAAUCAAAUUCCCCCCCCUCUCCACAAAGCCCCCGGCGGCGGCGUUCGUCCUUCACUGAGCUUUUCCAGAGGCAGGGCAAUGCUGUUCCGCCAACCCCAAGCUCGCAGCCGCGACCGAUCUACACCAGUGGUAUCGCCAACGCCCCUGGCCAGCAACAUCAGCGUCGAAUGUCCCUCAAUACACUCGGCCUUUCCGGCUCUCCAACACAAGUGCAUCCUUUUGGGCCUCCUGCUAUGCGUCGGGGCAGCGUCUCAAGCUCUGUAAUGUCGACUUCUCCCACCAUUGAGCAGGCUGUUGUGGAGGAGCCAGAGGGAGAAUCUUCCCCCAUGACGGCCCCGGCAACCCCUUUUGCCCGCCGCGUUUCGUUUGGGACGCAGGCGCUACGUGGGAAUUCAAAUGGUACAUAUCACUCCCUGGGAAGGUCACAACCUUCGAGAACUCGCUCAUCAUCGCUGUUUGGUAGCACGUCGUCUAAUGGCGAUGGAGUUGCACUCAGCGCAAGUACCUCGCAUAAUCUCUUCCAGAAUGUUAAAUCUAACCCAUCAUCUUAUCGUCAACUAGGGGAAGGCUUUAACUGGGCCGAAUCUUUGAGGAUCAGGGCCGAGCGCGCCCCGUCAGUUGGAAAUUUCCCUCCCACUUCUCCAACUAUGCCGCAUUCUGGGAUGGUCCAUCAGCGUUCGGCUUCUGUUGCAACGAUGGAAGCCCCGCCGCCUGAGCGUAUGGAACAGGCGAAGCAGCCCCAGCCCCGAUCUCGCCCGAAACCUGAUUACUUCCAGGAGAAGAUUUUGAGAGCCGAUUUUAUGGACUAA